CCCCCCGUAUUUUGAUAAGAGGAGUGAAAGAAGGGCAGUACUUGGUACUUUUUUUUAAUUCUUAAAAAAUGCGCUAAAAAAUUAUUGGGUUGACAGUGCAGUGCUGAGUGCUAUCUUUUUGGUAUCUCGUUUGUGUAUUGUGGCACCUCAAGGUUACUUUAAAUGUGAACGUCCUACCAUUUCUACAUAGAAACGGUGAUAAGCAUGAAUGUUUGCUCCUAAGCCUGUUUCAUAAAAUCAUUAGUGUGAGAAAAUCGCAAAGUUUGUGCCAAUGGCUACGUCUUCCUUAAGAAAAUUAUUAUCAAAGGCCUCCUCCAAAACGUUCCGUCGAUUUUUUAAUACAGACCUGACGCAGCAACAAGUGAAAUUUAAAGAAGCAUGCCGGAACUUCGCAGAGACUCACUUAAAACCGAUCGCGGCCGAGCUCGACAGAGAUUGCAAAUUCCCUACGGACCAGGUAGCCGGGAUGAGUGAGAUGGGUCUGUUGGGGAUUAACGUCCCAAAGCAGUGGGGCGGUUUAGGUUUAGAUAAACUUAGUACAGCAUUAGCGGUCGAAGAGAUCUCACGGUGUUGUGGAGGUACCGGGGCGUUUGUGUCGAUACAUAAUUUUUUGUACAUGAACGCUAUCUCAAAUUACGGCACCGAAGAACAAAAGGAAGAGUUUUUGAAGCCUUUCUUGUGCAACGUCGGAUGCUUUGCUUUAAGUGAACCAGAGGCGGGGUCUGAUGCUGCCAAUAUCUUAACUACUGCGCGUUUAGAAGGGGAUCAUUAUAUUCUGAAUGGUGUCAAAUCGUGGGUAACUAGUGGCGUGCAGGGCAAAGCUGCCAUUAUAUUUGCUACUGUUGAUAAGCAUCUAAAACACAAAGGUAUUACUGCAUUUCUGGUACCACUUCCAAUUCAAAACUUGUCUAUUACCAAAAUUGAAGAUAAGUUGGGUAUUCGUGCCACUUCUACUUGCACUUUUCAUCUGAAAGAUGUGAAGAUACCAAAGAAGAACGUGUUAGGGAAUGUUGGAGAAGGUUUCAAAAUUGCAAUGGCCCAAUUUGAUGAAGCACGUGUCGGAAUUGCAUCUCAAGCUGUAGGUAUCAGUCAAGCAGCCUUAGAGCUUGCAGUACAAUACGCCGGCGUAAGAAAAUGUUUUGGACAUUCCAUUAGUAAAUAUCAAGCCGUUCAGAUUCGAAUUGCCGAUAUGGCCGCUCGCCUAGAAGCAGCAAGACUUUUGGUGUGGAAUGCGGCGUAUCUACGCGAAAAGUCGAAAAAGUCUACUAGAGAAACCUCGAUUGCAAAACUGGUAGCCGGCGAAGCGGCUACAUUCAUUACACACAAUGCAAUACAAAUUCUUGGCGGUGUUGGAUAUAUUAAAGAUAUGUCUGCAGAGCGUCAUUAUAGAGAUGCCAGGGUUACAGAGAUAUAUGGAGGAAUUAGCGAUAUUCACAGAUUGAUUAUUGCUCAAUCUAUUUUGAAGGAUUACAAAUUACACUAAAUUGAAACUUUUUUAACGGUGGGGGAGGUAACUGAUCGAAGGGCCAAUAAAGUGUUACAACUUAAA